AAUUAGAAAUGGAGAAUCAUCGACGUCGUACUCAAGUGACAACAAGCGACGAUGAAGACGAACAAGAAAAAGAAGAGGUAUUGAAACUGCCUCGUCCUGUGGAGGACGCUAAGCCUAUUGGCGAGCCUCUUAAGUAUUCUAGAAAAGGGAAAAGCAAGAAGUGGCACUAUGACUCCUUUGAAUUCAAUGGCAUCCAAUAUACUAUUGGGGAUCAUGUUCUUUUCAAACCCGAGGAAAAGGGCCAAAAGCCAUAUGCUGGAAUUAUUAAGGACAUUACACAGGGAAAUAAUGGCAAUGUGGUAGUGACGGGACAAUGGUUUUAUCGUCCCGAAGAAGCUGAGAAAAAAGGUGGUGGAAAUUGGAAAUCGUGUGAUUCAAGGGAGUUGUUUUAUAGUUUUCACUGUGAUGAUGUUCAUGCUGAGGCUGUUAUGCAUAAGUGUGUGGUGCAUUUUGUUCCCCAAAACAAGCAACUUCCAAAACGUAAGGAUCAUCCAGGAUUUAUUGUACAAAAGGUGUAUGACAAUGUAGAAAAAAAACUUUGGAGGUUGGGUGAUAAGGACUAUGAGGAUAUUAAGCAGCAAGAGAUUGAUGUGCUUGUUGAGAAGACUCUUCAACGUAUUGGUGAACUAAUCGACAUUGAGCCUGAUGAAGCCCUUGAUGAUGGGGAAGACCAAAUGAAAAAUAAAAAAAAGCUCAAGGAGAAAAAGUGUUUCACCUCUUAAUGUUUUAAAGGACCAAAUGUUUCAAAAAUGAUCUACAAGGUUGUUGAAGAUCCUCCACCAACUCCUUCAUCCACUUUUGCACCUUCACCUUCACCAACUUAUGUGUGAUUCAUUACUUGUUUGUUCUACAUAACCAAACCAAAAUCAACAAGUUGUCCCUAUGAUGUCAUCCACCUUAACCACCUCCUCAAUCUUGAACAACUUAUUUGUUUUUGUC